AUGCCUCUCGUUCUUCUCUGGAAACAAACAUCACUUGCGAUCGGAUGUGUUUCUGGCUCUUCUGAAGCGCAUGCAGUUGGUUGCGACCGUGCAUCUUUCGAAGCGAGCCACGCGGAGCGACAAGCAAGAGGCACCUCGGCGGGACCCGGGCGGGGGGAGGGCGAGGGAGAAGAGGCCGCGGCGCCUAGAGACCUGUUCCUUGACGCGCCGCCUUCUGCGUCAAGCUCGUCGUCUCUGCGUGGGUUUCGUCUGCCGCCUCCCAGUGUCUGCCGUGCGUAUUUUCACAGGUUCUCGGGCUUUCGAGACGUGCAGCGGCACCUCCUGAGCAAAGUCGACUCCUUCCCUGUAUGCGACCUUCUUGCCGCGCUUGACAUUCUUCAACAGCUCAGUGUCUGUCCGCGUCUCCUGCUGCGCGCGGCCGCGCCGUUGCUGCUGCAGCAGCUGCCGCAGCUGUCUCUCGAGCAAGUUGUGCUGCUUCUGAGGGUCUACGUCCACCCCAACAGCUCCACGCCGGUCGGCCUUCCGAACACUGGCGCAGGCGCUGCGACGGUCGCCCGCGAAGUCACGCACUGGCUGUAUGCGUGCGGCAAUCGACUGGGGAAGCUGGACAGCACUCUUCUCGCCGAUCUCGCGGACGCCGGAAGUCGAGUCCCCGUCAGCCAAGUCGCCCUGCUGCGGCUUCUCCUUUCUCCGGUCCGCCAGCGGAUGCAUGCCAUGAGCGCAAAGCAACUGUCCCUGGUGCUGCAUGCGUACGCAAAGCACCCGAGCGCAGGGGACGACUUCGUCCUCCAGCAAGGCCUCACGCUGCUCCUCUCGCGCCACUCGGUCCCCGCCAUGUCGCUUCCGGCUGUUCUUCGCUGCAUCUGGGCGGCGUCCGUGGCCUGCAGCCCAAGCGCCACAGGCACAGCGGGCCGCAGCAGUCCACCGUCGCUGCAGAGGCAGCAGCAGAGUGAGCAUCUGAAGCUCUUGGAAGUCCUGUUGACGCGUGCGGAGCCUCUGCUUCUGCGCCACCCCGAGCAGCUCGACGGGCAAGCGGUUGCGACACUCGUUUGGGCCUGCAGUAGAGGUGGAGGAUGCCUGGGAUCCGCUGCCCUCCUUCAAAUGCUGCAUCGGCGCACUCUCCGAGUCCAUUCCCAGAUGAGUCCACAAGGCCUGUCUAAUACGCUGUGGGGGUUCGCUACGUCUCUGGGCCGCAUGGUCGAUAUCCGCGGAGCAGCCGCGGGUAGCAGCUCCCCAGACAACUCGUCCGAGGAGCCUGUAGACGGCGACGCCGCCUCGCCACAGACUGUGGCAACUGGCGGCUCCUCGACGCGUGGAGGAGUGUCUGGAGCGUCAGCUUCCAGUUCGCCUGCUGCCGGCGGCGCUGGAGAGGUGCCUGGCGCGGGCGCGCCCGAUUCGCCUGUAAACGGCGAGGCUCUGUGUGUGCUUCUCUUCCAACACGUGGAGCCGCACGUGCUGCGCUCACUGGCCAGGUGUGAGCCGCAAGACUUGGCGACGCUCUCCGCGGCGUACGCUUUACUCCGCUGCGGCAGCGAGGCGCUGCAUACGGCGGUGCAGCAGCUCAUCACCGAGAACUGGGCGGACGAGAUGAGCGCAGACCAGCUGGUGCGGGUUGCGCACGCGUACGCCAUCCUCCGGGGGAGCAGCCGCAUGUUUAGCGCGCUCCAAGUCAAUCUCUUGCGGAGACUUGAAACGUUCACCGUCCACGGCCUCUGCGACGUCAUCUGGAGCUACGUGGUCAUGCGUUAUCUCGACGAGCAGUUCUUGGAGAUGUGUGUCUCUCUAGUGCCUCUGGACCGAGUCGCCGGCGACGAUCGAUGUGCCUUGCUGUACCCUGCGGCUUCCGAGAUCGCCCUAGCUUUGCCGUCGAUGGAUCAGAUUCGGCUUCAACGCAUGCGGAAGUACACUCGGGAAGCAUUUUGGGAGCUGCAACUGCUCGAUUUCCCGACCGCCUUCGCGGCCUCUGUUGCUCACACGGCCCGCGUGCUAACUGAAAUGCUGGCUUCGUCGAGUACAACCUCCCAUCGGCUGAGCGCGUCUAGUGCAGACAACGGCACUGUCAGCGAGCUUCUACAGGGAGAGGGAGAUGGUGAAGCAGACAGCCAGCGGUUUGAUCGCGACGCCGCUGAGGCUUUGCGAUCGUGUUCCAUUACCGAGGCGUUCGAUUUCCUGGGAUAUCUCGUCGACGUGUGGCUGCAGCGGCCGUCAGACAGCCGCAGCAUGGAUGGUGACCAGAUGGGUGUCCCGACAAAAAGCAUAGCAGGCAAUGCCGAGAACAGUUGUGAAGGCGUCGGUAAUCAAGUGCUCAAUGCCCUACUCGAAGGUGGCGUGGCUCUGCUGUGUCACACGCAUGCAACGGUUCACAGAGAAACAGGGAAACCCCUCGGACCGGCGAUCAUGCGUCACCGGUUCCUCAAACGCAAGAACGUACCGACCGUCAACCUUCUCUGGGACGUAUGGAAGACUCUGCCCACGACGAAGGCCCGGGUAGAAUGGCUUCACGCAAAAAUCGUCCGAGCCUUGAGAGAAGAACAGGCUCGUCAAGCGUCACGUGACUUAAAUCGAGCGCGCGUAUCAGCAUCCAACGGGAAAGUCGUUAGAGCCGAACUGCACGCAUAA